UACAUGCAACCACUGUAUAGUUGAAUUUGACAAUAAUGAUUUCUACCUGCCAUACAUGACUACCGGUCAAUCCCUCUAAAUACACACACACAACCACACAUUGGUAUCGAUAUAUAAAUGAACAGCUUCCUCGGAUAGUUAUGACGGAGACACAGCUCCAAUAUGUGGGCUGCUUCAGUGGAUAUACACGAAAAAAAGAUAUGACACAUUUAUGGAGUUUACGUGAUAAAAAUAACACCUGUGUAAUACUUUUUCAUAUACAAUUUGUAUGGUGUAGGCAAGACUAAACCACGUGCACAUUGCACUGGUGUGUUGAAACCUAGUAAGGUCAACAAAUCCACUUUCAUGCACUUUCAUUAAUUUGAUGGUGCACGUAUACAGUAAAAGAGAUGAGAAACUUCUGACCAGACCAAACAUCCAGGUCUUGAUUUAAACACAUUUUGACUGUGGAGAAGAACAUGUCAGAUUUAAGCACACGUACAGCAGCACUGAUCUUAUUCUCUUGCUGUUGAAAAAGCGCCGUCCUAUCCUGCCUCCUGCGCCGGCAGCUCGGGUAACCUUUAAGGAAUGCAGAAGAUGAUGCCAGAAUUAUUUUGGGCCGAGAUUCAGAUGUUAAAAUAGCAAAAAAGGUUGCAGGGUAGAUUACCAAGUAGAACGCAGACAGUUGUGCUCGACCUACAUGUAGCACUGCAGAGAGACCGUGAAAAGGCAACGUUUCCAGCCAAGAUUGUAAAAAGAAGAGGUGAAGCGCCCAGACAUGCCCAGAGGCCUCAGCUGCCUGGCGAGCCCUGGGGGGGCAGACGGCAGGUAUGAGACCCCCCCGGCUUCAGAGCUCCAGAGGCUGAUGUGGACAAAGAAUGGCUCCAGCAACCAUCUGGAUGAGGUUCAGCCCCGGAUCUACAUUGGAGACAUGUAUGCAGCCAAAGACAAGAGGACUCUCCAAGCUCGCCACAUCACCCAUGUGCUGAAUGCUGCUGAUGGGAAGUUCAACGUGAACACGGGGCAGAGCUUCUACAGAGACGCCAAUAUCACUUAUCAUGGAGUGGAAGCUUUCGACAUGCCAUCCUUUAACUUGAGCCCCUUCUUUUACCGAGCUGCCAGUUUCAUCAAGAACGCUUUGAGCGCGCCCACAGGUAAAGUGCUCGUCCACUGCGCGAUGGGUCUGAGCCGCUCGUCCACCUUGGUCCUGGCCUAUCUGAUGAUCCACGACAACAUGACGCUGGCGGUCGCAAUCGCAGCUGUCAGUGCCAACAGAAACAUCUCACCCAACGCCGGUUUCCUGGAGCAGCUCAGGGAGCUGGACAAACAGCUGCGCUGCCAAGGACCAUCGAGGAGCUGGAACACAAACGGGGGGCACUUGAGAUAAGAAUCAUUCCACAACAGUGGACUAUCAUGUUUCCCCCUGUCAGCAUUAGGGUUUGGAGUUGCUAUAAACUGGAAGAAAUGUGAGGAGGUGUUUUAAUUGACUUUUAUUUGUAAGAUAAACAGAAUUUUUUUGAGAAAAAGUACCCUAUACUACCCCUAUUUCAUUGUCAUACAGAAAAAAACAUUAAAAGAUCAACCAAUUGGGAAUUCAUCCUAAUAACAAGUUCAAGUUAAGGAACAAAUGAUUAAAGAUGAUGGGAUGACAUAUUACUUUUUUUCAUUACAAUGAACCAAUGAACAAAACCAGUGUAAAGGCAGGACGGCUACUAAAUGGGCCUCAAGGUUUUGUUGUUUUGUCAACUGUUCUUGUCGAGUUCACGAAUGAACUAUGAUCCAGUGUAGAGGAGAAAUCCUCAAAGAUUCCCAGAGGACUUUCCGACCACUGGUAGAGAUGGAAGGGGAAAGAAGAACUGGUUUAAAGCAAAAUCCAGACACCUGUUUACAAGGGGCUUGUGAAAGGGUUCAUGUGUUUUUUGGAAGUCCAACAGAAACAGCAUGAAUCAACUACUGAGUUACUACUACAGAAACUAAUGGGAAGUCAAAAAUGUACUGCCAUUCUCUGUCUGCUCAAGAAGAACCAAAGAAUUAAAAUCAAACGAAUCUGCACCAAACUGAAAAACAACAUCAUAUUGUGUUGAAUCAAAUUGUGUUGAGUUGUAUCGCGUCUGCAUCGACACGGGCAUCGCAGCGGCCCCGGAGACGAGGUUUUCAUGAGCAGGUCCAGUUUUGUUCGAUGCCCACGAGGACACACGAGACACAUUCCUGCCACCCCUCCACUGACUCACUGUUGGUGGCAGCAGGGAGCAAAGAAGUGUCGUGAUGCGCCAAAACAAGGCAAAGUUAGCAGACUGCCAACUUUAUGAAUCAGGGAACACAUGAAGACGUAUGUGACACCUCUAACGAUAUAACACGGAAACACUGACUGUAAAUGUUUGUCGGUUUACAAGAAAACUCCACGGGGAACUGGUGAGGUGCUGGGAAACAAAAGGAGGACAUGUGCAUCUAUAAUUAUAUUGCCAUAAUCAAAAGCGAGUUGACAUUUUAUUUCACCAAU